UCUAUUCGAGGAACCCAAUAGAAAAAGGUAUCCAUGGUGAACUCGACAACACUGCCUAUUGUUUUGAAUAUGGUUCGCUCUUUGAUAUCGAACAAAUAAUUUAUCCCUCUAAAGGGUAUUUGCGUCAGUCUGCAUGCAUGGCAAAUGAUCCUUUCCCUAUAUUAUAAAUUCUAUGGAGGAUCCGAACGAAUUAAUACAUCAUGAGCAAAGCAGCCAUUUCAAUGAGUAGAAGAAGUGCAUCAGAAAACAAUGGCGCCGGUGAUGAGACCGGAAGGAAUAAUCAAUCUUCAAAGCUAAAGCUUUUCGGUUUCCCAGUUGCAGCAACUCCUUGUGACAACAGGAGAUUCGAGUGCCAAUAUUGUCACCGAGGAUUUCCCAAUUUUCAAGCUUUGGGUGGCCAUCAGAACGCCCACAAAAGAGAGCGACAGGAAAAACUGGCCUCUUCCUUCACUGCCCACCAUCAUCAACGGUUUCUGACCACUGGCCAUGUUAUCACUGCGCGUUCAUUUCGAUCAAGGCCGUCGCUUUAUGCCAGAUCAGGGUUCACAAACUUGAGCCCAAGUGAUGAACAUGCGGUUGUCUUCUGGGGUCCCUCACCACCGUGUACGCCUAUAAUUCUAAGGGGUCCUCGUUCUUUGCACGUUGUCGGGGUGCAACCCAGUGAGGGACCUUUCCUAGUAGUACAAACUGAAGUUGACGUGGGGUCUACAUUGGAUUCAUUAGUAGCUGCGGAUGUAAAUGAAGAAGGAGAGCAUUUGGGAGUGAAAAGAGCGAAAAACGAGCCAAAAUCGGGCAAAUAGAGUUGUUUCCAGGAUCCACAUGGCCUAGCAAUUUCCACAUGGGCUGACCACACGCCCAUGUGUCAGCCUGUGUCGAUAUCACACCCUGCUUUCCAAAUAUGCAAAAAAAAAAAACCCAAUUUUUAGGCUUUCUGAGCAUUCUAAAGUCUAUAAAUAUCAAUUAGAAGAAGAUCUAAGAGAGCACUCAAAGAAGAUUGAAAAGAACACUCGAAGAAGGCCAUCGAAGCCAACUCAGAAGUGGAUCUCC